AUACUAUUUGAAAAGCCAUCCAUGGGUACCGGCAUAUCAGGGUGUCAUCACAUUUUUCGUUUUGGCCAAUUUCUCAUUAGCGACAUUCAUGGACCCCGGUGUCAUACCAAAAGCUUCACCAGAUGAAGACCGUGAGGAGGAAUUUCGUGCACCACUUUAUAAAAAUGCUGAAAUCAAUGGCAUCACCGUAAAGAUGAAAUGGUGUGUGACUUGUAAAUUCUAUCGACCGCCACGUUGUUCACACUGUUCCGUAUGCAAUCACUGCAUAGAAACAUUCGAUCAUCAUUGCCCUUGGGUGAACAAUUGCAUUGGACGUCGGAAUUAUCGUUUCUUCUUCUUCUUUUUGGUUUCCUUGUCCAUACACAUGUUAAGCAUAUUUUCAUUAUGCUUAUUUUAUAUACUGAAGAUAACACCACACAUCAGGCAGACAUCGCCCAUCGUAGCUAUGGUGCUGAUGGCCAUUGUUAUAAUCCUAGCGAUUCCGAUUUUCGGUCUUACCGGAUUCCACAUGGUACUCGUGUCACGUGGGCGCACAACAAACGAACAGGUAACAGGCAAGUUUAAAGGCGGCUACAAUCCAUUCUCGCGUGGCUGCUGGCACAAUUGCUGCUACACUCAAUGUGGGCCACAAUAUCCCAGUCUUCUUAAGCCAGAAAAAUAUGCAGCUCGUCGCUCCCAUAAGGAUGGUCAGGGUAUUAGUGUUAUCACCACCGAACGUCGCUCCAAUCAGCAGAGCAGCAGUAUGCGAGGCAAUAGUACACCUGGAAAUGCGCCGCGUUCACCGCGCGAAACGCUGAAAAACUAUUACGAUAGGGACAAUCGACACACUCAGGUAAAGACUUAUACGGACCAGGGCAAUGGUUAUAAUCAACGGUCGGGCAGCACAACGCUUUAUAGUAAGCUAUCGCCUGGACGUGAAUGUUCGGAUACGGACAUGGAGCCGCAAGCAUCGCAGAGUCAAGAUUGUGAACCCACACCGCCACUGCAACGACAUAAUUCGACAAAUUUCUACCUGCCCCAAGUGGAGGCAGGCAUGAGCAAUUUAAAUAACGGUGGCAUAGCAACUGGCGCCGGCAUGAUGCCCAACGCUGGCGGUGGAGGUGGUGGUGCCAUUGUUGCACCAGGUGGAAGUGGUGGUGAUUCGCCACGUCACAUGCGCAUGUAUCAUCCGCGACACAGUCCAUUGGCGCGUCAGCGCGGUUUGGAACCACAACGCGGCUAUAAUCCCGCCGAUCCACUGUCGCCCGAUCAUCCAGCUCAUCCGAGUAAUCAGGGCGCACAGCAACAACGCAGUGGGACAACUGCAACGCCCACAAUGCAGCAACGAAUAAAACCGUUGGGUGUGGCGACACCACUCGUGAUGGCAAGUCCAGUUAGAAGGUCCAAUCCUGGUACGCCCACCCAACCAAGACGACCCGAUUUUAUUGGUCUAAAUACGCAACAACAGCAACAGCCGUCACAGACUUAUUAUGAUUAUACGGCUGGCUUGCCGCCCCAACAUCCACAACCGCCUACCAUUCAGCAACAGCAAAUUAUGUUGCAACAACAACAACAACAACGUGCCAUGAUGCAACAACAGCAGCAGCAACAUCAACAACAACAGCAACAAGUUCCGCUAACACAUCACCAGCAACAGGUGCUGGCCUCACAGACCUAUGGCGGUAGCCCCCAACGCCGCUUUCUCUCCGAAGGUGAGCUAGUACGGCAAGGCGCUAGUGAGCUGUCGUAUGCGCGCUCCAACAACACAGUGGACAAUAUACGCGAAUUAGCGGGCAGUCCACAACGCGGUGUCUAUAUGUGGAAGGAUACUUCGCCCGGCUUCAGUAGCAGCAGCGGAAGUGCUAGCGGUGGUGGUGUCGGUGGCGGCGUUGGCAUGCCACCCGCUUCUAUGGGCAUCGGCAGCAGUGCCGGCGGCACAAUGGGCAACAACAUUCAUCACGCACAGUAUAUCACAGUAGUGGGCAGCGGUCAGCCACAUCCGUUGAUAAUGACUCAUUCGCGCAUGCAUCAGCCAGGCGAGUAUGCGUCGCCAUCACAGCAACAACAACAAUAUCGAUCCAAUCCGACCAGCCCUACGACGAUGCCACCUACCUCGUCGACAUCCGCUCCAACCUAUAUGAUGCGUUACGGUGUUGGUAAUCCCGUUGCUUCACAGCCAAACAAUUAUGUGCAUGCAACACAAUCGAUCGCAAAUACGAACUCCAGCGGCUAUCAGCCACAAUUGCGCGGUGGAGUUGCCGUUUUUCCACCAAAUCCUAGUGGGCCUAGCAUUGGCGGUGGCGUCGUCGCCCAACUACAAACACAACCAUCGCCUCAAGUGAAACGAAAACAAACACCAACGCGUCCCAUGUCGUUUGUGCGCGCGCUUGAAAUGACCGACUCAAUGGAGAUGCAAUCGCUGGAACAGCAGCAACAGCAAGGCCGUGGUGGCAAUAUGCCAGCAUCAGCCGUUGGCGGUCCAGGCACACAACAUUUGGUGGGUGGCGCACGUACGACCACACCCACACCAGAGCGUGCCAGCGUUUACGACAUGAACUAUGAAAUCUCUGUAUAACCCGUGGUUGUACCGGUUGUCGUGCCACCCGCCUCAGUGACCAUUUCUGCAACAGCUGCAGCGUAUGCGCGCAAAAAGGGCGCAAGCGUUGUGGCGAGCGCAGCCGAGCCAUCGGCAUACGCAUCAGUGCCAGUUAUGGCGGCGAAUACGCCAAAUAGGCGCAAGUUCUCCACCUUCUUCUAGAGGAGAGGUGGUGCGCGCGCCUUUUCUGACGGCUAUUGCCAGCCACUCAACAUAAUAUUUAGAAAUAAAAGAGACAAUUUAGAUUUUCUUUUUUUUCUACGUUUUACUACGUAUAUACGAAACCAUUUUUUUUUUUAAUACCGAGUCAUCGUUUAUGUACUAUAUUCACUAAACACUCUACGCUACCAAAUGCAACUAUCCGUAUCGCCAAAUGUAAAUAAGUAUACAACCUAA